AUGAACUCAGCAAAACCAAAUUCAGUAAACCCUGAGCCCGAAGCAGUAAACCCCCUUUCAGAAGAGCCCGAAGCAGUAAACCCCCUUUCAGCAGAGCCCGAAGCAGUAAACCCCCUUUCAGCAGAGCCCGAAGCAGUAAACCCCCUUUCAGCAGAACCCGAAGCAGUAAACCCCCUUUCAGCAGAGCCCGAAGCAGGAAAUCCCCUUUCAGCAGAGCCCGAAGCAGUAAACCCCCUUUCAGCAGAGCCCGAAGCAGUAAACCCCCUUUCAGCAGAGCCCGAAGCAGUAAACCCCAUUUCAGCAGAACCCGAAGCAGUCAACCCCCUUUCAGCAGAGCCCGAAGCAGUCAACCCCCUUUCAGCAGAACCCGAAGCAGUAAACCCCCUUUCAGCAGAGCUCGAAGCAGUAAACCCCCUUUCAGCAGAGCCCGAUGCAGUAAACCCCCUUUCAGAAGAGCCCGAAGCAGUAAACCCCCUUUCAGCAGAGCCCGAAGCAGUCAACCCCCUUUCAGCAGAGCCCGAAGCAGUCAACCCCCUUUCAGCAGAGCCCGAAGCAGUCAACCCCCUUUCAGCAGAACCCGAAGCAGUCAACCCCCUUUCAGCAGAACCCGAAGCAGUCAACCCCCUUUCAGCAGAACCCGAAGCAGUAAACCCCCUUUCAGCAGAGCCCGAAGCAGUCAACCCCCUUUCAGCAGAGCCCGAAGCAGUAAACCCCCUUUCAGCAGAGCCCGAAGCAGUCAACCCCCUUUCAGCAGAGCCCGAAGCAGUCAACCCCCUUUCAGCAGAGCCCGAAGCAGUAAACCCCCUUUCAGCAGAGCCCGAAGCAGUAAACCCCCUUUCAGCAGAGCCCGAAGCAGUAAACCCCCUUUCAGCAGGCCCCCAAUUUCUCGCAUGCCGGAGCCGUGGGGUCACCAAGCCGGGGCCCCGAAUACCCGCUCCUCAAACAAGUACAGUGGUCGCGUGA